AUUGGUGCAUGAAGACGAAGGACAUCUUGUACAAGGUCGGAAAACAGUGCAUGCUGAAUGAUAACGAAAUGUUGUUCCUCAAUAUCGACUCAUUUAAAAAGGGUAAAAAGCUGUUUGACCAAGUAUCGAAAAUGACCGACAUAGAGACAGUCCCCCAAGUGUUCAUUGACGAGACUUUUAUCGGGGGGUACCCUGAUGUUAAGAUGCUUCACGAGAGGCGAUACAUUCAUGAAAUGUUGCUACCAAAGCCUGGGAAGAAAUCUGACGGAGCUAAAGAAGAAACAAAGUUUGCCAGUCGUCUAGAUAUAAAUAAUGAGUUGUGUCCAAUGUGCGUGGCAGAAGAAAUACAGAAAGGUAGACUUGAAAAACGAGAAACUGAUCUGAAAGAAAAAGCUAAGGAUUACAUGUUAGCUCGUUCAGCAGUAGAACUUGCCAGAAAACAACUAACUAAACAUCACAACAGACACUCACACUCCAAGAAAAGUUUCAUGUCGAGCUUCUUUUAAAGUUUUAAAAGUAGUGAGAUACAAUUUAUAGCAGAUAUAUUGGUAAUAAAUUGUACUUAAAUAUAUCAAAUUAUAUGUGUACCAAAUUGUAUA